GAAGAAUGCCCCUAACACUACGCCAUCGCAGAGGCUAUAAAGUAGCGGCACCACAACCUAAAUGAUACAGCAACAUAAACAAUGGGCGAUUUUAAAGUGCUGAUCGCAGGAGGCAGCCUGGUCGGACUGACCCUGGCUUUGGUCCUGGAACAGGCUGGGAUCGACUAUGAAUUGUUCGAAAAAGGGGAUUUUGCGCCACAGAUCGGGGCUUCUAUCGGACUACAUCCGCAAACGCUUCGUAUUCUCGAUCAGCUGGGUGUGUGGGCGGAUAUCCAGAGGGUUGUCGUGCCUUUACACCAUAGGUAUCAUUUUGAUGGGAAUGGACGAUGCUUUGAGCAGUCUGAAAUCUUGCAGGAUAUUGAGCAGAUCUUGGCCCGUCCGAUUAUUUUCAUGGAACGAUGCGAGGCAUUGCGAAUCCUACAGAGUCACAUUUCGGAUCAGAGCAAGCUCCACGCCCACAAUGCAGUAACGGCAUAUGAAGAAACGACCGAUGGUAUUAUCGUAACGACAGCCGAUGGAAUUACACAUCGAGGCGACGUUUUGAUCGGAGCAGAUGGCAUCCACAGUCGAGUACGGCAGCUAAUGGCCGAACAUAUCAGCCUGGAUAAUCCGGCACGCAGUCAAGAAAUCACACAAACUUUCACAAGCGAGUACAAAUGCAUCUUCGCCGUCUCUCGCAACGAUCCCUCCAGCCCCUUCCUUCCCGAUGCCACAGUCCACAACGUCUACUACGACAACCAUUCCGCCGUCGCUGCAACCGGAUCACCAGGGCUAGUAUUCUGGUUUCUCUUCGUGAAAACCCCUCUGACGACGUCGCCGAACUGUCCUCGCUAUACAGACGCCGAUGCAGAUGGGCUGGUUGAAGAAUACGCCAGUGUCGCGCCAGGACCGGGGUAUACCAUCAAAGAUCUAUGGGAGGCACGAGUCAACGGAGCACUGGUUCCAUUGGAAGAAGGAAUUAUUCCCCAAUGGAGCCAUGGACGGGUUAUGCUGAUGGGGGAUUCAGUUCACAAAGUCACCAUCAACGCUGGUCUAGGAGGAAAUCUCGCUUUUGAAGCAAUCGCACACUUUAGCAAUGCUCUCGUCUCGUUACUACACGAUAAUCCGUCCCCUUCUACCGAAAAAAUAACAGCUCUAUUCCAGAAACUUGAGCAAACGCACCGACCACGCGCGACAACUGUCCUCAAUGUAUCCGGCCAGAUCACGCGGUAUGAAGCGCAGGAUAGCUGGUUCUUGAAAUUCGCCGCCCGGCAUCUAUCCCCGUUAGUAUGCGACAGGUGGAAGGCUCAGCUGUAUGCCAAUUUCGCGAAUGGAGCGCCAUGGUUGGAUUUUCUUCCGUUGAAGGAUGAGAAGAAACAAACACCUGAGACAUCUAAUACGCAUUUGUGGAUAGGUUUGGGUAUAGGAGCGGCAGUUGUGGGAGUGGUUACAUCGUGGAAACAUUUAUGAAGGACAUUAUUUAUAUUGAGAUGUAAAUUGUGGUGUUAAUGCUUAUUUUUAAAAUAUAACUUGGGUUUUAUGUGGUCUGCUAUUGAUUUACUG